GUGACUUACUUCACCUCUCUGUCCAGACAACUGGAGUUUGAGGGAAACACCAAGAGUGUGAUCCCGCUCGUCUCCAUAACCUAUUUCUUAACAAUAACCUUUUCAGUCAUCUCCUGCCUAAGACUGAGCUGUAUAAGAAACAAUGUCUGGCUUGCAUGCUGUGGAGUGAUUUCUGCUGGUUUAGCUGUGUUAAGCAGCUUUGGAUUGCUGCUCUUCUGUGGAGUGCCGUUUGUGGUCACAGUAGCAAAUGCACCGUUUCUUAUUCUCGGAGUUGGUGUUGAUGAUAUGUUCAUCAUGAUCGCUUCCUGGGAACAAAGUUUAAGAAAAAAAGAUAAACCUGAUGUUAAAUCUCUGCUGGCUGAGACUUACUCAGAAGCAGCACUUUCUGUGACCAUCACCACUCUCACAGAUGUUUUGGCCUUCUUCAUUGGCACCUGGACUGCUUUCCCAUCUGUGAGAUCAUUUUGCCUCUAUACAGGCACUGCCUUUGUCUUCUGCUAUAUAUAUACCAUGACCUUCUUGGGGGCAAUUAUUGUGUUAAAUCAUAAAAGGGAGCAAGGAAACCGUCACUGGCUAACUUGUAUGCCUGUGGGAGUAGAUAAAGGCCAGGCUGAGAAGUCCUGCCUGUACAAUGCUUGCUGUAUAGGCAACUGUUCUGGGCAGUCAUCUCAGCCAGAAAGUGAACAUCCAAUGACCAUGUUCUUUACAAAGUAUUAUGGCCCUUUUUUAACAAAUAAAUGGAUCAAGUCACUUGUGGUGUUGCUGUAUGGAACAUAUUUGGCUGGCAGUAUUUAUGGAUGUACUCAGAUCAGGGAAGGUAUCGAUCUUAGAAACCUGGCAAAUGAUGACUCUUACGUUAUUCCAUACUAUGAUGACGAUGAUGAAUACUUCUCAGCAUAUGGGCCCAGGGUCAUGGUGGUUGUUACUGAAAGUGUAGAUUACUGGAAUGAGACUGUUCGUCUUGGCAUUGAGAAGUGCACCCAGGAUUUAGAGGGCAUUUCCUAUGUAGAUAAGAAUCUUUCACAUUCAUGGCUGAGAGCAUACAUAGAAUAUGCCAAGCAACAGUCACUAAAUAUAAAUGAUAAGGGUAUCUUCAUUAGUAACUUAACUGGACUGUUCCAAUAUGUUCACACUUUUGAGUGGGACAUUAACAAGACUCACGAUAAAAUAGAAGCUUCACGUUUUUUCAUCCAGACUGUGAAUGUGACCUCAGCCAUUGAUGAGAAGAAUCUUGUAAAUCAGCUGAGAGACACAGCCAAGCAGUGCAGCAUUCCAUUAAUGGUGUACCACCCAGCAUUCAUCUACUAUGAUCAGUACCUGGUAAUAGUGCAGAACACCAUCCAGAAUGUCAUCAUUGCUGCCGGGGCAAUGCUUGUUGUCUCCCUUUUGCUUAUUCCCAACCCACUGUGUUGCUUGUGGGUGACUUUUGCUAUAGCUUCUGUUAUAGUUGGUGUUGCUGGUUUCAUGACAUUUUGGAACGUUAACCUAGAUUCCAUAUCCAUGAUCAACCUGGUCAUUUGUAUAGGGUUUUCAGUGGAUUUUUCUGCUCACAUUUCGUAUGCCUUCGUUGUGAGUAGAGAGUCAUCAGCCAACGACAGGGCAGUCGAAGCUCUGUCCUUGCUAGGUUACCCAGUAUUACAAGGUGCAGUUUCUACUAUAUUAGGAGUAGUUGUCCUGGCUGCAGCAAAAACCUACAUCUUUAGGACAUUUUUCAAGAUCAUGUUCCUUGUUAUUUUGUUUGGGGCUCUUCACGGUCUUGUUUUUAUUCCGGUGUUUUUAACCUUUUUUGGAAACUUUGGCAGAAUACCCCACAAUACUGAAUGUAAAACGGAAGCACCUAGAUAUAGAGAUGAUGAAGAUUGUCCGUGA